AUGCUUGAUCACAUUGUGUGCUUUGAAGUGGCGCCAGCAAGGUCCAUUUGGCCCAAAAAGUUGCAGAGGAGGGCAGAUGACCACAGAUGGCGAUGGCACAGCCAAGGGUUCGGGAUGCCUGAUCCCAACUUCCAGGAGAGGAAGAAACGAGGCCUCCCAACGCCACCACCUUUGGACGCAAAGAAGGUACUCGUAUCCCCAGUCAGUGCAGCAGUCACCGCAUCGGUCCUAGGUACGUCGGCUUUGAAGGUGUCGAUUUGGCAUUGCUCUUCCGACGGCUUGACAAGGCAGGGGUAUGAAGUGAAAGCAGCGCUACGACGUGUGCUGAGGAUCCCUCCCGACGUGGUACCGGAUCAUCAGAUCCACGCCUUGUGCGCCAUUGUCGACACCGAUUUCUCUGGCACGGUGGAUAUCGAGGAGUUGGUGGCGUUCAUCAAGGGCGAUGGCUAUGAUGCCUGGACCAUCGAUUGGGUGAAACUGUCUCGUGUGAACGCUCCACCUAAGGUGGAGCUGCCCACCUUGCUUCGCGGAAAAAGCCCGAUUUGCUCAACAAAACUGAAAAGCCAUGUUUUACAAGUCUUAAAGUUCUUCAACUCCCAUUUUGGUGGCCUAUCAGCCACUCUCCGUCGCUUCGCCAUGGUGUCCCUGGCUUCAGCUGCUCCGCUGGUGGUGCUGGCGGCUGCCGCCUUAGCAGUGCUCUGCGGAAUGCAGUUUACUGCGAUGCCCAUCCUUUUCUUCGGUCAUAUCGCAGCCAUGCUUUGCUGCUGGUGCUUGAUGACCAGCGGCUCUGUGGUUUACGCCCUGUCCAAGUUCUGCGGCGGGAGCAGAGACUCGACACGCUCGGUGCACGCUGCGAUCCAAAGUGCCGCGAUUUUGGCGGCAGUGGUUGGCUACGUAUGCAUCUUCAGCAAUCACCGGCUUGUAGGCGGAUCGCAGUUCGGCUUUGAUCCCGGCAACCCAGCGGCGAAGACAGUACAUGCCUUGUUCAGCUACAUUGUUCUGGCUCUCAUGCUGUUACAGGGCUUCCAAGGUUGGAACAAGUUCCUGGGCCUUCAGGUGGGUAAGAUCCGGCACUUGGCGCAUCCCUUGAACGGCCGCAUCACCCUGACUCUGGCGGCGUGCAACAUGGCGCUGAUCCUCACGACCUUCCCUCUCAGUGAGGCUCUUUUCCUGACCCUGGCAGUGGGUAUUCUGGUGACUACUCUGCUGGCUGUGGCCAUAGCGGGUCCUGCAGGAAAGUCAGGUUUGGCCUCAGCGAGGGAAGCCAGGGAGCUUUCCGAAGACUUCGAGGGGCCUUGUUAUGCACCUUUGCAAUGAGGAGGAUCACGGAAAAGAUGGCCGGCGACAUCCUGGAAGCCACUCCCAGUCCGCGGAAGAUCAUGGCGGGGAGGAAACGGUGGAAAA